GUGGUUGGCAAGCCGCAGGUCAGACCCUCCGCCGUGAAUGGGAAAAGAGACCGGGAGCCGACAACUUCGAGGGCCUACGAGGCGCCGACCUGGAGGGGCUGGUCCCACCGCCGCUGCUGAAGGAGGCCCUCCCCCACCCGAGCCUGCAAGGGCACGUUGAGGAAGCUGGGGAGCAAAUCUGGAAGGACCACCCUCCGGCUCUUCAACCUCGCCACUCGGACCACUCGGAGCUCGCGAGGCUCAUCCUCUGGUGGGCCACUAGGUUUCCAGGGGUCCCGGUGCGCCUUGCGAAGAAAGAUACGGCGGAGGCUUUCAAGUGGAUCUGUUUGGGAGCUUCUGAUGUACGCUUCUUUGCGGCGGAUCUCCCCGGGGGAGAGUUUGGGGUGGACCGUGACAUCACGGCCAUCUAUCGAGUCCUCACUUUCGGUUGGAGAGGGGCGCCGGGACACUACAUGACUUUUGCAUGGGUCAUAAAGACAGCCUUCGAGUCGCUCGCUCCUCCCGAACCCCACGUCAACGAUGCCACCCCCUUCUUCACCAUGAUCCUCAUGGACGAUUCGGUUUUGGUGGAGCCGGAUGUGGGCCUGAGACCAGCCGUCGCGGCUGAAACCCUCGAGACUCUCACCAGAACCGCCUUGGGCGAGAAAGCCAUCAACGAGGAAAAGGACUGGGAAGAGGGACGCUUCGAGUCCUCGAAGAUCAUCUGGGGGCUGCUCUACGACUCUGACCUCCUCACGCGCAGCCUCCCGGAGCCUAAGCUUCUGAAAGCUGCCCACCUCCUUAACUUGCCCGAUUUCAGCUACGGGCACCGGGCCGUGGACCUCUCCCUUGUGCAGGAGUUGCGUGGAAACCAGCAAUUCUGGCUUUCGGCUAUGCCGGUCCUCUCGGGACUCCUGGGGGCCACCAACGCGCUCCUCGGACCUCCUGACGGAGUGGGCAAAGCUGUCCCUAGGGGGUUCACUCCGGUUGCUCGCGAAAGGGCCUGGGUCAGGUUUUGGGAAGCAGUCGAGGUGCAAAGGUACCUGAUCGGGGUCCGCGAAGAGUGGUCCACCACCUUCACGCACCCGAUGGUUUCGGCCAUGAGCCUGCAGGAGCUGCUUGCUAUGCCCAAGUUUCGGCGGUCGGUUGUGUGGGCCUCCGGAGACGCGACCCUUGACAGGGUCGCUGCGGUGGACUGGACCUCAGGCCACGCGUUUUCCCUGCCCGUUGAUGUCUUUCGCAGGCCCCUCUUGGAAUUCGUUCAGGGAGCCCUCAUCACCUCACCGGAAGCGCGGGAAGGGGCGGAAGAGCUCGCUUUCGAGCCCAGCCCCGACGAGGACCUUAUCGUCUCGGUCACUGAGCUUCUGGCGGUAGUCGCUCUAGCCGCUGCCAGGGGCCCUGAAUGGAAGGGCCGAUUGGUAGCUUAUGCAGGAGACAACCAGACUGUAGCCCUGGGCGCAGAAGUCUCAGUGCACGAGCCGGGGCCCUGCGCCGACGCGGGCCUUUUGCAGCAGGAGCUGGUCCGUGGCGCGCUUCGCGCCCGGACCAAAGCUCUUUGGGUGGACAGCCUGACGCAGGAGCCGCUGCAGCGGAUCGCCCAGACCAGCAGUGCGGCGUCGGUGGGUGCUUUGUGGGGCCGAGGGCAGCAGUGGCUUAAAACCUUCGAAGGAGGUUGGCACUACAAAGGGCUGAAGCUGGAAGACGGUAAGCGCCAGCUCCUCUGGGACCCCAAGAGACCGCUCCCAGCUUUGCACGCCAAGAGCUGGGUUGCGGAAGGCCUUGGCCUUGCGGGCCCUCUUCCGGGCUGCAGCUGGGACGAAACAGCUAAAGCGGGCCUGAAAGAGCCGGCCCUUGCACUGGCAGAAGCAGCCACGGUCUGGGUGGCGAGAGUUCUGACGGCCCCCGGCACGAGCUUGCAGCCCGUAGAGAGCGUCAGGGCAGGGGUUUGCGCGCUGACGUGGGACGCGCACACUCGCGAGCGCUUAUUUGGGUGGGUGGACAAGAGGAGGGCGGACCGCGCGGAAGGGGACCAGCCCCCGACUGGCCGUGGCACGCUCGGCCCGAGCGCCAAGCAAGCCGAACGAGAAGCCUCUGAGCUGAUGACCUCGUGGACCGACCGCACAGGGUACCGACCGGUGCCCGACCGGCUCGCAGGUGGGCCCCCCAAGGGAAAGGGCGGUAAGAAAGGGAGCGGUAAGAAAGGGAAGUCCAAGGACAGGAGGUUUGAGCCCCUGUCUCGCCUGGGAGUCGACGAGAGGCAGCUGAGAACCGCCGUCACCAACAACACAAAGGCCAGGAUUUCCUGGUACGACGCUGGUGGAGAAGGCGAUCACAUGAUCGCCGCCUGGUCGGGACACACCAUCCCGGACGUCACCGGCCCAGGGUGGCGGGUGCCGGAGGACCCGGAGUGCCACCAGAGGCGCUGGAGGAACGACUUGGAGGUCAAAGUCACCAUUGACCCACGGGCGGCCUCCAGGAACGGAUGCACCUUCAGACGCACCGGCAACGGCCUGUACCUCUCCCACGAAAUUGUGCCAGCAAGCUGCAUCCUGGACUAUGGGCCCUGGGACAACCUGGUGGGAGGUGUGGACCGAAGGACCGCCGCGGCCAGCACCGGCGACACAGCUGGUCUUUGGCCCCCUACCGAGCCAGCCUCCUUUCAGGACGAAGUCGCUGAGGUCGCCAAUAGGUUAGCGCAGGUUAGCCUCCACGACCAAGAGUACCUCGUGGUCGACGCGGAGACUCUGGACACCCAAGCCGCAGACCGGGCAAAAGUCACGAAGGAUCUCGAGGAAGGGAACUGCGAACUAGACGAAGAGGACCUUGCUGUGGUCCAGGCCGAACCUGGGGAGGAAGACCUGGACGAACCCAUGAAGGAAGCCCCAACGGAAGGCCCCGAGGCGCGCUCCGCGCCCGGAGCCCGAACCGAAGGCGAGAAGGAAGGGGUGCGCCGGGACCAGCCCACGGUAGUCUCCCUCCAAACUGGGGACAGUGACGUGGAGGAGGCAGCUCGCGACUGGGGGCCGACGCUCAACUUGCGAACGAGCCAGCUCGUCCUUUGCUCCGACCUACGACCUGCAAAGGACUUCUUCUUCAGACCAAGGCCCCCGAGCGAGACUCUGGGGAAAGAGACGUUGCCAAGAGCCGAGGAGGAGGCCGCCACAGGCAGAGAAGUCAACGCGAGCGGCACAGAGAAAGCCGAGACUCUCGAGCGACUCCGGCAGCUCGCCGAGGGUCGAAGGGCCAGCAGACAAGGGCUCGAGGAGGCCGCGCGACAGGAAAGGGCCCGAGUGGCCCAAGCGGCCGAAGAGGAGGAAAGGUGCACCGAGUCCUGCCUAACUCUUCACGCGGGGAUGCUGCUCCUUUGUCUUCUGGCCCUCCUGGCGGUGGGUGCUGUGGCACGGAAAGGAAGGAGCCCGGCGAGCAUCUCGCCCGAGACCGAGAGACUGAGGAGGGCAGGAGCCUCAGUGCGCUUCGAAGACUCUGGGCCUAUCGCUCGGCAACUCCACCCGGACAGCAAGGAACUCCGAGUGGCGCACUUGCAAGGAGGGGGAGAGUGCAAGGCGGAGACCCUCCACCUUCUCCUGGCCAGGCUAGCAGAGACUACUCAGAAGUCGUACCUCUCCCAGUGGCGGUGGUGGGAGCUCUUCUGCGCCCGGAGGGGUACCUCUCCCUGGAGGAGGGUCGCCACGUACUCUGCUUCAGAGGAAGACCUCUUUGUGCAGUAUGUGGUGCACUGUGGAGUGAACUCCGACAAGGCUCCCGGCACUGUGAAGGGCAGGCUGGCAGCGAUUCGGGCCUUCCACAUCACCAGUGGGCUCCCAGACCCCUUCGCACAACUCCCCAGAGUUGCGCUCGUGGUGGCAGGGCUGAAGAAAAGGUACGGCACGAAGGAGCGGCGCAGACCAGUAACACCGGAGAUGUUACGAUGGCUCUAUACGCACCUUCAUGGGGGGACGCUUGACCAAGCAGAGGCCGCUCUGCAAUGGGGGGCCCUCUGCCUGGCGUUCUUCUUCCUUCUCCGAGCCUCUGAAUACCUGGACACGGGAUACCACUCCCCACUGCGCGGGCUGAGGGGUAAGGACUUGAGGUUGACGCGGGGAGGAAAACCCUGCUCACUUCGAGACUUUGAAGAAGCGGAUGAACUUACGGUGUUCAUCCGAGGGUCAAAGACGGACGUCUACAACCGAGGAGAGUACCGCAACCACUACAAGACCGGUUUGCUACUCUGCCCGGUAAAAGCGGCCGCUCAGCUCUUCAGGGCUUUCCCCCUGUGUUUUGCGGGAGGACCUGAGGAAGAGGAGCUCCUCUUUCGGGACACGGAAGGCAAGCCGCUUCCACGGACCCUAGUUUCGACCCUGAUCCGCAAAGCAGCUGAGGCCCUGGGAGAGCCCGAAGGAGCCCUAGGGACCCACAGCCUACGCUUCGGAGGGGCUUCAGCCCUUUGGGCAGCUUUCGGCGACGCCGCCCUCGUCAAGCGGUGGGGGCGCUGGACGUCUGAAUCCUUUCAGACGUACAUCUGGGACGCCCGCGCUACGUCCAAGGACGUAGCCAAGAAGAUGGCCCUUACGGACCUCACUCCGCGCUGA